UCUUGCAUAGCCCUCUGUUGCCCACGCGCACACAGCCCACGUUGUACAUCGUUAAGUAUCGUACCCUGUCGUACUGGUCGUACCAAACGAACGCGCGCGACGCUACAGACUGUCAAGUUAUGGCGUGCAGCCAAAAAACUUUCGCGUCCGAGUUAGAUGCUGCAGCCUCCAACGAGGACGUCGAUGUGCUUCGCGUUGCCCUCGGCACGGACGGAGAUGCUUACGCAUGGCUCACCGAGUACAGCGAAGCGACGAAAACGUCUUGGAUUGUCGAUUGGGAAAUCGCCGACCCGAAAAGAUUUGUGUUCCACAAGAAAUGGAGAUGUCAGCAUAGUAGCAUCAACAAAACAGUUGGAAGAAAUUCCACAAACUGCCCAGCAUUUGUCGACGUGAAGAUUAAGAAAGUUACCAAGCACACGAAGCGCAAUGACACUUUCUUGAGGAGGGAUGUCCCCCUGACUGCCCUCAUCAAGCUGAAUGAAAACCACAAUCAUGUGCUUGACAGUGCUCAUGGGCUCCGCCUCCUCAAAAGCACAGCUGACACUCGGGCCACUUUCUUUCAGUACUUCAGAAAUGGCCUGGGUCCAGCUGCUGCUCUAGACUUUCACAGGAGCAAGCUGGCCAACCAAGAAAAUGGUGUAAGCCUGCUUGCCAACAGUUCCUACAAUCCACGACCCGGCACUGUAUAUCACUGGUGCAGGAUUUGGAGAAAGACCAACCACAGUGAUGACACUGACCCACUGACCAAGCUGGCGGAAAAAAUGCCAGCCUAUUCCCAACGUGUGGAAAGAAACGAUGUCCAAACCCAAUGCACCGUGUAUGUGUCUGUCAAAACAACCCAAGCGGAUAUUGGGCGCCUUACAAGAUCCACACGGGUCCGAACGAAGAGGCCAGUGAAAAAUUCGGAAUGCCAGACAGACUUGGAGUUGCCCGAUAUUUGACUUAUGGAGGAGAUGCAGCAACGUUCUUCAAUGGCAUUGCAAUCAAUCGGCAUUCUCUGACAUACAAAGAUGACCGCUCUUAUAAAUCAUACAAGCCUACGGUGAAAAGCACAGCAGCACUCACUGCGGCAAGCAUCGGCAUGGACAUCGGGAGAAAGCUGUGAAAGGUGCAAUGUUGGAGAUGUGUACAGCAAAUAUGAGGGUGAUGCCAGCGGAUCAAAAACAAAACAAUUUUGUACCUGUACUUGAUCGCAUCCAGGCAGGCAGACACGUAUGGUCAGAUUCGUCUGAUGACGACAGUGUCGACGACAUGCAUCUUGUUGCCAGGAGACCCAGCUGUGCGUUUUGGUGUCACUGGUUCUGCGAGGAUGAGAUGAACGUGCGAAAUGUAGCAGAUGCCUUGCCAAUGUCACCGGUUUGGUACUGCGCAUCAUGUUGCUAUCAGGCAAUACUUAUUUGCUUCCUCAUUCAGAGGUUUUCUCCCUCUUGGUGGGGAUUUUCGAAAUCAUGAAAUGAGCCUUGUAAAUUGUGUGAUAUUAAAUAUAUGGAGACUAUCGUGCAGUUGCUGGUUAUUAUCAGGGUCCCCAAUAAAUGGCCUUCCACAUAAAAUAACCAAAUUCUUGUGGAAGGUUUUAAUAUCUACACUCUUUUAAUGUUAAGGUGACAUAAAUAGUGAAUUCUACCCUUACUGGGCAGCGGUUAAGUUCAACGCCCAUAAUUCAUAAAUUACACCGUCCUCUUAUAAUCAAUGUUUUAAACGACUUGCAACAAGUGAUUAGUCAAACCAGCAAGGGCUGCAGGUAAGUAGGUGUAAAAAUUGUCUUACAAAAAUAAAAUGCAGUUAUUGCUUACCAGUCUGCCAAGCAAACAAAAUUUUACAAUC